GCGGGAGUAUUUUUAGCUCUGUUGCCUCUAUUUGCUGCCGCUGUUUGGCUCUGCAUGACGUGAUGCCAACGGCCCCCAGAUUUCCCCGAGAGCGUGGGGGCGCUGCGCCUUGCCCAGCUUGGCUGCGGGGACCCUGCUCCAGGCCCUCGUCCCUUCCCCAACAGCUCACGCAGGCGAGGGUGACCUCCAGCAAACUAAGGGCUACCAUCGCCAGGCCCUUUAUUAUGUCCCCUGCAAACAGGAGCGGCCCACGGGGGUUGCUUUAUCCUCCCCACUUUCGACUCCCCCCCCCCCCAACCUCCCACCGGGGCUGGGUUUCCUAGUACGGAAAACGGCGGGCCCUACAUCUGCCUCAAUUUAUUGGGGGCGCUUCUUCGCGCUGGCGGCGCUCGCCGUUGUUUUCUGUUCGCUGCACACAAUGCCCGCGCGUCACGGCGGUCCGCGUGUGCACAGCAAUAACGCGAGUUGGGGGGCGGGUCGUGCGUGCGCCGGGCUCCGGCACUGCGGGUCGCUCUGCGCGCGCGGGGCUUGUUUUGCUUCAGAGCCCCGCUUUCCGAAACGCUUACAUCAUUCAGUCGUUGGGGGAGGGAGGAGGAUCUGGGCGUUCCGAUAGGACUCCAGCAUUUCUCAGGUCCCUGGUUUUUGGAAGGAAGCAGGGAUCCUAGCUGUUUAUGAUGUUCAUUAUGAUAGGAGGGGGCUCAAGUUUUGUUUGUUGGGCAAGUUUUGUGUUUUUUUUUUUUUUUCUUUUUAGGUCACUACUGCAAAGGGCACUGCUGGCCGGCUCAGGUGCACAACCUCCCCGCCUUCAUUUCAGCCAGUUCCCCUGUAAUCACUUGAUCUGUUUCUCCGCCUCCUCCUCCUCCCCCUCCCAGCUAGAGACACAUGGUUUCCACAUGGAGACAAACUUCUUUCCUCUGACUGGACUUGACCUAGCUGCGUGGUUCAGCCUAUCGGCAGCUUCAGCUUUCUCUGACAUCACGCGUUGCUGAGGCCUGAAACUGGUGGGUGGAGCCAGGAGGCAAGCCAGGAAAUCUCUGGGAGCUGUAGUGUGGCCAGCUGCUACAAUCCCUUCUUAAAGGGACGCUCUUCUCCCCUGAGACGGGUGUCAGCUUUGAUUCUUCAUUUCGGGUUCGGUAAGACCUUCCCGAAAUGCUCCAGUAGACCCUGGUCACGAGUUCACACGUUUCGUUUUUACUGUUGUUUGCAAAGUACUUACUUGGCAGCCGCUUGCCUUAUUUUCCAUUGUUGCCAGAACUGCUUUUCAUUGCCUCUUUGAGGUUUCCGUAGUAGGAGGAGUGCUCACCAACUUGUGGCCACAAUGUUGAAUUAUUCCCAGUAGGUAUGGUGAGCCUCCUCAGGAGGAAGGGGUUCAAAUUAAGUCACCCAGUAUUGACUGUUCUGUGCAAGGCAAGGAUUCCCAAGGAUAUGUGGGUACAUUCUCCUGAAGUUCCAACUGAUACGAAUCCUUAAGGAUCUCAAAUUAAAGCUCUCCAGAAAUAUUAAUCAUGGAGACAGUGACCCGUUAUCACAAAAUCAGAAGUUAUAUAUAAAUCAUCUCUGGCAUCACCUAUAUCCAUUUGGGGUACAGUGAAGGGGUGGCAAUUUAGGACCAAGUGAUAAUUAGAAAAAUAUUUACUUCCUGUUUUGGAAAAGGUUAAACUGAAAGGGAGGAAGAAUGAGAUUCACAAAGAAGUGUUAUGUGCAGAAAAGCUGUUCCGUGGUCAAGUAAAAGCUACUGUAGUGUAAUGUCUAGAGGGUUAGAAAUGGGCUUCCCAGUGUCUGGGGUGGGUCACUUUGGGGGCAGUGCUUAAGAUAGAGAAGAAUGAUUACAUGGGAGUAGAAGCCAUAGAUCACCCUCUGGAGUGGAUUAUCUGGGUUUAGAGUGAGGUGCUUUUCUGGACCAGGCAUGGACAGGCCAAGGGGCAGCCUCUUCUUCCUGAUGGAGAAAAGCUGCUGCUGUGUGGGCAUGGGGCCCCACCCUGCCUUCCCCACGUAAUCGCCUCUGCUCCCGUCCAGCAGGUCCACCAGCAAGCAGGCUUCGCAGUCAUGCCUCUCUGCUUGACUCAGACUCUUCCUUCUGUCUAGAAUGGCCUCAUUCUCUUACUCCACUGGGGUUAUCUGUUUCUUACUCACCCUUCAAGACCUAGGUAAGUUCCUACCUCCUCUAGGAAGCCUCCUCUGGCUAUUUCUUAAUUCAGGGUAGUUGAUAGAAUGAAAACUUUACAGUUACCCAGAGUAGGGCCUAAAUUCCUCCGUCGCUGCUUACUGGCUUUGUGACUGUAUGUGCAAGUUACUUAAGCUCUGAGGUUCCAUUUCUUUUUUGUAAAAUGAGGAUAACUAUAACACCAGCCUCACAUCACUGUUGAACAACUAAAUGAGGUACUCCCUUUAAACAUUUAAAGUACCUGGAAUAUAGUAGGUGCUCAAUAAAUAGUCUCUGAGCCUUGAGAAUCAGUACUAUGCAAUUUUCCACUUGCUUCCUGUGUAUUAGCUUUAUCCUCACAGGGAGAUGAUUAGCAUCCUAAGGGAAAAGAUCACCAAUAAUAUUUCAGUAUAUGUCACCAUUGCAUAUAGCAUACCACUGGGCAUAUAGAAGACAUUUAGUGUACAUUCUUUGAUUGGUUGGAUUUGUCAUUUACUGGCUAUGGCACAGUGAUCAGGUUUGAAGGCCAGGGGACACAGAAUAGACUUUCUGGAGACUUGGAGAAGAAUUGGAAAUACUGAUCUCUUCCAAGGAGAGGGGAAGUUUCAUGUAAUCACCAUAGAGUGCCCUUGGGCUACAAAGACCAGGGGCUGCAAAGAAAUGGUAGUUCAGGCCUGGAGAGCUGAAAGUGCCCACUGUCAUCAACUGUGACCCUGAAAAUGAAUGUUACUAGCUUAGAGAGCAGGAGACUAGGACAAGUUAUGCUAAAAUUAAGGGGUUUGAUGGCAACUAAUGUUCAAGCAGGUCACAUUUCUGCAUAGCGGGCAUCUUACAAUUCAUUCAUUCAUUCCGCAAAUAUGUAUUGAACAUGUACUAUGUGCACUUGCUUUUUUCCUGAAAAUUCUGUGGGUUCAUUUAUGGUGGGAGUGGAAUGGGACAUUUGGUUUUUGGGGAGUUGUGUAAAGAACACUUUUUUAAUGUUUAUUUAUUUAUUGUUGGGGGGGCAGAGAGAGAGAGAGAGAGAGAGAGAGGGAGAGAGAGAGAAUCCUGAGCAGGCUUCGUGCUGUCAGCGCAGAGCCCAACAUGGGCUCUCGAACUCACAAACUGUGAGAUCCUGACCUGAGCUGAAAUGAAGAGUCGGACACUUAACCAACUGAGCCACCCAGGCGCCCUGUGUAAAGAACAUUCGUAAAUCAAGUUUUUGUUUUUGCUGUAUCCUAAAUUAUGUUUCUCAGAUUCAGCUUUUUUCUUCCAGUUUUAAAUAUGAUCUCUGCCCACUGGUAAAUGCCAGAAGUCGACUUUGAGGAUAGUUGUGGCUUUCAGAGUCCCAGAGCUCCCAGGGACUAGGCACCCUACAGAGGAUGCCCAGGGAAAGGGAACAGAGCCUUCGAAUUUCGGAGAAGUUGAAUUGAACCAUUCCUGGUUUGUGGGGGGAAAGGAAGUUCCUUCCGUCAGCUCCAAGGCAAGACAGCAUGUUCACUGACCUUCCCUUGCUGAUGAAAAUGCUGUACCAUUGACAUACCCAGAAAUGGGAAUUUUCAUCUGAGGAUGGCUGGGCAAAAGUUUGGAGGCAAAACUGAGGGAAAUGAAGAAGAUUCUAGCAUGUCGCAGCAGCAACUAAUUGCAUUACAUACUGUGAAUACUGGUUACCAUUUUUUGAGCACUGACUAUAUACCAAGUAUGGGGCUAAACAUGCAUUAUCUCCUCCAGUCUUCACAACAACGCCAUGAUGUGUGCAAUUUUAUUGCCCCAUUUUAUAGAGGGGGUAACCAAGGUGCAGGGAUGUUGAGUAACUUGCCCAAAGGUCAUAUGGUUUAGUAAGUGGCAAAGCUAAUUUUUGGAACCUAGGCCUCUGAUUCCCGAAUGAGCCUGCAGUCUUAACCAUAUAUGCAUGUACACGUUUUCCCGUCAAGGAAUGAAGUCCAGAGAGGUAAAAUGACUUGCCCAAGGUCACCCAGCAACCUAAAGCAGAGCUGGUAUUUGAAACACUCUGUUGAUUGUUCAAGGUCUUCCUGUACACACCCUGCUUAGAAAAGGCUUAGAAGUAAGGCCGAGGACAGAAUAGCCAACCAGAGAGGGUUUUUUGUUUUGUUUUGUUUUUGUUUUUCAGACUUGUUCAACUCUCCUGGCCCUAACUCAAGUUUAGGCUCCUAGGAAACACCACCCCCUCCUGCUGCCUUUCCCAAGUCCGUCCUCUGGGCAUAUCAGAGGACUUGGGCUGUUGCUAUGGUACUGGGGCCAACAGCAGGUUCAUCAAAAGCCGGGUCUUUUGCCUUUAAAAAAAGCCUGGCCCUGCAGAAACGAAUUGGCCACAAAGAUUUGCAUCAGUCAUUGUGGCUUGUUCUGUUUUAGAUCCCCCCUGCCUCCCUACCCCACCCCCUCCUCCCUACCACCACCACUUUCUAUAAAUACAGUUGGAUAAAUAUUGAUUUAAACCGGGUUUCUGGAGGAGAAGCACAUGGCUGCCCUGGCCUGGUCUUCACUUAGAUACCACCAGCAUGCCAGGCCUGACACACCUAACCCCCGACAGCUCUGGCUUCCAAAUGACCCGUUUUGGGGAGAGUGUGAACAUGGCUAUGCCUCAACGUUCCCCUCCAUGCCGAGCCCGCGGCUGCAGCAUUCAAAGCCCCCGAGGAGAUUGACCCGGGCACAGAAACACAGCAACGGGAGCAGCAACACCAGCACUGCCAACAGGUCUACACACAAUGAGCUGGAAAAGAACCGACGAGCUCAUCUGCGCCUGUGUUUAGAACGCUUAAAAGUUCUGAUUCCACUAGGACCAGACUGUACCAGGCACACAACACUUGGUUUGCUCAACAAAGCCAAAGCACACAUCAAGAAACUUGAAGAAGCUGAAAGGAAGAGCCAGCACCAGCUAGAGAACUUGGAACGAGAACAGAGAUUUUUAAAGCGGCGACUGGAACAGCUGCAGGGUCCUCAGGAGAUGGAACGAAUACGAAUGGACAGCAUUGGAUCAACUAUUUCUUCAGAUCGUUCUGAUUCAGAGCGAGAGGAGAUUGAAGUGGAUGUUGAAAGCACAGAGUUCUCCCAUGGAGAAGUGGACAAUAUCAGUACCACCAGCAUCAGUGACAUUGAUGACCACAGCAGCCUGCAGAGUAUUGGGAGUGACGAGGGUUACUCCAGUGCCAGUGUCAAACUUUCAUUCACUUCCUAGAACCCAGCAUGACAUAACAGUGCAGGGCAAAAUAUUCACUGGGCCAAUUCAAUCCAAACAAUCUCUUAAAUUGGGUUCAUGAUGCAGUCUCCUCUUUAAAACUAAACAAAACUAUACUUGAACAAAAGGGUCAAAAGACCUCUAUUUAAGCAAAUACUUAGCAAAAAGUGGGGCAGAGCCUCCCCAGCAGAACAAAUACUCAUUCGUAUUUGAAAAUCACAGCUUCUAAUGGCAGCAGAAAACUUCUGUGAAAUUUUCUUGAUUUAGUUUAUUUGAAAGAGGACAUUGGAGAUUCUGUCCUCUAUCUUCUCUAGUUUGCUCAUACUACAAUGAGUAGACACAUUUAAGGAUGGGGUUAUGAACCCUUCCCGAGUUUUAAUGGUCCUAAAAAACAAAAUCAAACCUAUAGUAAUGAGAAGACAAGAUAAUCAGGCAUUAAUCUUGGAUAGCUAAAGAGCUAUUAAAACUCAGCCUGGGACAGCUUAUCAUGAAGCCUGUGGAUGAUCAAUUCUUGAAAAAACAAACAAACAAAAAAAAAAAAGCAAGCUCAUUUCAUGCUCUGCAAAAGGAGAGACUCCCAUGAAGCCUUUUGAAAGGGAUCAUCAUGCAGCUCAGCUUUCUGUUGGAUUCCAUGCUAAGCAAGCUAACCUUAUCCUGCAUUGUUAGCAGUAGGGCACCCAACCGCCAGCUCAACAGUCAGCCGCCCUUAGGCCCUUGGGCAGCGUGGGGGCAGUCUGUAUGACAGCCUCUACCACACAGGGCCUAUAAUUCGGAUUGAGGGGCCAGAAGGAAAAAGCUCUCCAUGCCUCUGUGUCUGCGUAGGCCAGAAGAGUUGUGCAACGCAGAUUAGCAGGUCAAGGUCUGAGCCACGGCAGCAUUUUUAUUUCAGAUUUUGAUAACUGUUUGUAUGUGUUGAAAACCAAAAUGACAUCUUUUUAAAGCUUGUCCAUAAAAAACAUAGAUGUCUUUUAUAGUGGAAAAACACAUGGGAAAAAAUCAUCUAUUUUGAUGCAGCAUUUGAUAAUGAUAAAACACCUCACACCUCACUCUUUAUAGUGCACAAAACGAAUGAGGUCUGGGCUAGGUAGAAAAAGGUCAAUGCUGUUUUUGUUUUCUUUUAGAAUCAUUACCUUUACCAGCUUUUAACCAUCUGAUAUCUAUAGUAGACACAUUAUAAUACUUAACAUAGUUAAGUUUGGCACUUGUCUCAUUUUAUUGUAAAGGUUUGCUUCCAUUUUCUUACAGGCAGUCUCUCUCCUUCCUCACAGUCCCACUGUGCAGGUGCUAUUGUUGCUCUUCUCAAUAUUUUCAGAAAUGUUUUCUUUUAAGUGAAAUUUCUUUUCUAACCUGCACUUUGAUGUCAUGUGUUCCCUUUGUCUUUCAAAAUCCAAGGUUCCCCCUGGCCCUCUCCUUUACCCCAGGAAGCCUUCUUGGACACCUUAUCCCUGGCUCUUUGGACUUUGUAUACUUUAAAUAAUUUAACUACCCUUAAUUACUUAAAAAAAAAAAAGCUUUAUGAUUUUCAUAACUUAUUGCUGAUUUUAAUGGGUUGUUAAUUUCAGUCCUGUAGUUUUAUUUUGUUUAGAUAGGGCUGGGCAAGGAAAAAGAAAAUAAAGACAACCAUAUUUAGCAGUGCAGUUGAGUUGUGUGUGUAAUGUUAGACUAUCCUUUGUAAGUAGCACUUUAACAGCUUUCACUGCUUCUCUGUAUGAAGUGUACCAUCUUGGCCAUACACAAGGCCUCAGCAUAUACUUACUUGUUUUUUGUGCUUUUCCUGUGCCUCCCAAAAUAUUUUAUCCUUGAUUGUGCUAUGUUUGAGUGGAAGAAAUUCUUUGAAGUAGAUGUGUGAAAAACUGCAUGCCUUUAGAAGCCCAUUAUUAGAACUUGCUAAUAACUUCAGGUGCUGGGGACUUAAUGAAAAACAUGGCAAAUUCAUUUCUCUGGCCCAGGUAAAUUACUUCUGGUUUUACUUAUAAUUACUCCUGGCUGGGUCAAAAUGUUGCUCUAUAUAUUUGCUUUCUUUUGACUUUCCCAAGGGAGACAGUUUAAAGACUCUGCUAACUACCAUGGAAAGAAAAUGGAAGCCAGUGAUUCAGCUUCCAUUUUGUUACUCCCAUGGCAUUCACUUACAUCACUUGCCUAGGGCUGGAAUUUCGGUCUUCAUUCAGGAGAACUCGAGGUGCUGCCAUUUUGUUGUAUAUGUACAAGUUGGUGGGCUGGGAAGCCUUUGUCACGAAUCUAUAAUACCUAUUUCAACUGCCCCCUAAAUUACUCCUUCCCCGGGUUUGUUUUCCUUGCGGGAGGGGAAUGGAUUGUAUGAUGAGUGAAAAGUAUUAAUUUUUUAAAAGACAAAUCGACUUUGAAGAUAUAAAAGUUAAUUGCAAGAAAUAAAAAUUGUGAAUGAAGAA